CUUUAGAUGGAUAUAAGUGUCUGAUUGACGUGGCUUGUUCUUUGCACGUCGCACACUAGUCCUCUGUGCACCGUCUGCUCGUGCACAUCUGCACUGAUGAGUUUUUCGACCCACAUCCUAGCGUAGAUUGAUUCAAACAGUUUCUGUCUCGGUUGUAUUUACGUAAGCUGCAUAAACCGCUUAAGCCUUGCUGCCCUUGCAGGUGACCGUGACACCCCGAGUCGUCAUACUCUUUUUGAAUAUCUGGCUCUGAAUAACUUUAUGGACCGAUGACACAUCAUGGCUAUGUAACUCUCCCGUCAAACGAGACGGAAGAUGUCAGCGAGGGCGUUGAUCUCAUUUUAGAAUCCUUACUAGAAGACAAGAAGGGCGUCACGCUUGACACACCGCAUGGAGGCUCUCUAAUAGUUCAUGAAGAUGGUCAUACCUAUAACUAUUCAUACGGACCAAGUGGAAUUCCAGGUCUAGUUCGCAAUCGUUAUGCUGUCGCGUGCGCUGCGUUUGCUGGUAUUGGUGGUAUUUCAUUCGGGUACGACCAAGGCGUUAUUGCAAAUGUCCUCGUCAUGAAAGACUUUCUGGCUCGAUGGCCAAUCGGUCCAUGGGAGAAGGGAUUAAUGACUGCUGUUCUCGAACUCGGUGCAUUAUUUGGUGCAAUUGCUAGCGGAAUUUUGGCAGACAAGUAUUCUAGACGUCAUUCGAUUUUCUUCGCGUCCAUUAUUUUCUGCAUCGGUUCAGGUCUGCAAUGCGGUGCACAGUCAUUGAACGAUCUCAUCAUCGGGCGGGCGAUCGGUGGCUUCGGAGUUGGGGCCCUGAGCAUGCUUGCACCGCUUUAUAUUGCCGAGAUUAGUCCUCCAGAGCUUCGCGGCUCACUCAUGGCGCUUGAGCAACUCGCUAUCGUCCUCGGAGUUGUGUGUGGAUUUUGGACAGGUUUCUUUACAAGGAAUAUGGCUGGAUCUGCUUCAUGGAGGAUCCCACUAGCACUUCAGUUCCUCCCAGGUAUCUCGCUUUGCCUUGGAUGCUUUGUUCUACCGCCUUCCCCCCGACUGCUGGUGCUCCGUGAUCGGAUAGAUGACGCACGGAAAAGUUUAGCCAAACUCCGUUUGCGUACCCCUGACGAAGCAAAGAAAGAUCCGUUGAUUCAGCUUGAGUUAUUGGAAAUGCGAAUCAACGUCGCUCUCAUUCAACAUGGGAUGAAUUCAAAAAACGGACUCUCACGCGAAUCAUGGACAACACUCUUUGGCCGCGAGUACGUUAGACGGACGCUUAUUGGUGUUAUGAUCAUGUUCUUUCAACAAUGGAGCGGCAUUAAUGCACUUCUCUACUAUGGUCCUACUCUGGUCGAAAGUAUAGGGAUGCGCGGGGACACCGUCACACUUCUCGUUUCAGGCGGGAUCGGAAUUGUUCAGUUUCUCGCAGUUAUCCCGGCCAUUAUAUUGCUCGACCGCUGGGGCCGCAAGCCCCUUCUCAAAGGUGGCAGUGCGAUUAUGUCGGUAUCACAUUUCCUGAUCGCAAUCCUCAUCUACUUGUUUCAAGAUGACUGGGGAUCGAACACCAUAGCUGCUUGGGUAGCAGUGUUUUGCACAUACACGUUUACUGCAGCCUAUGGCAUGUCCCUCGGACCUAUUGGUUGGGUUCUUCCCAGUGAGGUGUUCCCUCUUUCUAUGCGAAGCAAGGGCGUUUCCGUAUCAACGGCUUCUAACUGGAUCAACAAUUUCUUGAUUGGCCUGAUCACACCGCCACUCAUGGAGAUUUCUUCUGCCGCGACCUUUAUGAUUUUUGCGUGUGCUUGUUUCGGGGCCUAUCUGUGGUCUACUUACGUUGUGCCAGAGACGGCAGGCGUUUCUCUCGAAGAGAUGGAUGCGGUGUUUGGUUCUGAAGCAGGUCAGGAAGACUGCAAACGGAAAUUCGAGCUGGAACGCGAACUCGGCUUGCAUAGCUUGAUUAAAAGUCUCGUCACUUCGGACGCGCUAGCCUAAGAAUAGCUGCAUUCAACAAGAUGUGGUAUCUAGUACGUAUCUAAGUUUCCCAUGCUAUAAUCUAGCUACGAUGUAUACAGUAUAGCGCUCUAAUACUCCGGAUAGUUCCUGUCAUUAUACAUGUUGAUCAGAAUACGA